AUGACAGCGUGGUUUAUGAAAGGCGGUGGCGUAAAGAGUGGCCUGGUCGGACAGUACAGACUUGCGUCUGUACCCACGACUACUAUGGGCGGGUCUCCUUAUCGGCGGCGGCACUUCUUGUCGGCGUCGGCACUUCCCUCCGGUGACAGCGUGGUUGAGGGUGUUUCUGGUUUUGCAUAUAAUGUGGAAAUUUAUAGUGGGCAAGAGAAUAAUUCAGAUCUACGUUUACCUUGUGAACCAAAUAUUGGUGCAAGUGCAAAUGUUGUUUUGCCAAGAAAAACUUAUAAACGAUUAAAGUAUGCUACUGAACUAGAUGAUUUUGACAACGAAGUUGUAAGGAGAACCGUUUAUAGCUUUUACGACAAUCGUCAAUUUUCUACGAGCGCAAAAAUAUUGGCAGCAAUGCGUGAAAAAACAAAUUAUCCGGGUUCAAAAUCGUCCAUUAAAGUCCUUUUAAAAAAUUUAGAUUUUAAGUAUAAAAGAUGUAAUGAUGGACGUAAAUUUUUAAUGGAGCGGAAUGACAUUGUUGCUGCUCGAGUAAAAUUUUUAAGAAAAAUGCAUGAGUUUCGACGUAACAACGAUUCAAGGCCAGUUGUUUACUUGGAUGAGACGUGGGUAAACCAAAACCACACACGUGGGUACAUUUGGCAAAACUCAGACAAUACCGAAAGACUCAAGGUACCCAUAGGGAAGGGCGGUAGGCUCAUUGUGUGCCAUGCCGGGUCACCGUCAUUUGGUUUUGUAAAAAAUUCCAAAUUGGUAUUUCGGUGCAAAUCUGGUAGUUCGGCAGACUACCACUCGCAGAUGAACGCCACAGUGUUUGAACAAUGGUUCGUCGAUAUGUUAGGUAAUUUGGAGAAGCCAUGUAUUUUAGUCAUGGACAAUGCCCCAUAUCAUUCAACGUUAUACGAAGACUACCCGAAGAGCAACACUAAAAAGAUAGAUGUUCAAACAUGGCUCCAAAACAAAUCUAUACCAUUUAUUCCCGAAGAAACAUUGUGUGAAUUACGAGAAAAGGUAAAACUGUCGAUGCCAAAAGAAAAAAAAUAUAAAUUAGACGAGAUAGCUUUUCAAAUGGGUCAUGAAGUGGUGAGACUGCCACUAUAUCACUGCCAAUACAACCCCAUCGAGAUGAUUUGGGUACAAAUUACGGGAGAAGUCGCCGAAAAAAAUCAUUCUUUUAAAAUGGCAGAUGUUGAAGUAUUGGUCAAUAAUGCCUUAGAUGAGGUGACAAAAGAAAAUUGGACAAAAUGCGGUGACCAUUGUGACAAAAUUCAAGACGAUGAUCUGGUAAAGGAAGGGUUAAGGGACGAAAUUUUGGAGCCUAUCAUUCUUACCAUAAAUCCCGACGACAGCUCAAGUGACGAUGACGAUGAUGACGACGAUAACUUCUAA